CCCUUCAAAUCUGGACUCAACAGUUACUUCUUUUGCCGGAGAACAUUGUUACUCCGUCAAAUCUUCCCCCAGCACUGACGCAAAGAUUUAUUCAUUGUCUACCUUGUGAAAAGACAAAAAAGAAAUCAAGAAGAUGCCAUUCCCAUACAAGACUGUGCUGAUUACCGGCGCCACCGCGGGCAUCGGCCGGGCUUGGACGGAGCGGAUGGUGGAGAAUGGCGUCUUUGUAGUCGCUGUCGGUCGCCGCCGUGAACGACUUGACGAGCUGGCGGCGCGCUUUGGCGACAAGAUUGGCGUGGAGGAGCACGAUGUUGCUGACCUGGACGGACUUGCAUCAUGGGCGAAGGGGAUGACGACCAAGUACCCCACAUUGGACUGCAUCAUCGCCAACGCAGGGGUCCAAAACACGACAAACCUCGCCUCACUGACCAAACCCGGCGCCGACGGCACAGCGCUGGUCAACACCAUCACAGGCGAGGUCAAUCUGAAUUACCUCUCCCCCGUCCACACCAUCAUCCACUUCCUCCCGCACCUGUCCGCCCUCGGCGCCGCGGGGAAGCCGACGGCCGUCGUGCUGGUCACGUCGGGCCUGGCCCUGGUGCCCAUGUCGCGAUGCGGCAACUACUGCGCGACCAAGGCGGCGCUGCACUCGUUCGCCUGGACGCUACGGUCGCAGCUGCGGCAGCAGCGGGAGGAUGAGGGUGGCGACUCGUCAACGGUCCAGACUCGUGUGAUCGAGGUGGUGCCGCCGGCGGUCAAGACGGAGCUGCACUCGCGGCAACCGGACCUGGUCGCGGCCGGGGCGGGAGACUUUGGAAUGGAGCUGGACGAAUUCACAAACGAGACUUGGGCGGCGCUGUCUGGCGACGAGCAGCAGGACGAGAUUCUGGUUGGACCGACCAAGAGGCAUGCGAAACUGGUCGAUGCGACUAGAGAAAGCUUUGUGAUCAUGGAGAAGAUGAUCAGAGACCAGGGCAAGGUUACGGGGAAGGAGGCGGGAUGGAAUGCUGGCAAGUAGUGGAGGAAUGGCCGGUGGGCAUUUGGAUCGAUGUUUGAGAAAAUUUUGUGGUGCGUUGGCAUGAAUUCUAUCAUUUGACCGCUGUACUUACGGUACUGAUUUUGUGGCAAUGGGUUUGUGCCGACAGGCAUGUUGCUCGCUUGAUGCCAAGCAGUUAUGAGUACUGUACAUUGCCAAGACCAGGCAUAAUGCCGGUUGUAUAUUUAUCGAAAUAGAUCCACCUACGCCC